AAAAAGCAUGAGAUUCCAUCGACUGUAUACAGAUUAAAAAACAUGUUUGGCUUGUUAAUGUAUGUCAAGUCACAGUCUAUUAUCGUCAAUGAUCAAUGGACCAAAAAGCCUAAAUGUAUAUGUAGUGUGAAUACAUUAUUGAGCAACGAAGAAGGAAAAUAUCUUUUGGACGCUCAGAUCAGGAUAACUCAGGAAUUCAUUCAGUCACAGGAGGCACAGAAAAAGAAGAGUGCAGAAACAGCAGACAAGGAUAUUGAAGCAGAAGUCACUGUGGACUGUGUCAGAAAUCAGAGUCAGAUUUCUUUAUCCGAUGAUAAAUUACUCCAAAUAACAAGGAAAAGUGGGAAAAACUUGAACGAAAUAUAUGACAAGUAUUCUGAGCGUUUCCCUGAUAUGUAUGUGCCCAAGGAAAGUUGCUCAAAUGACAAUCAGUCAGUGUUUGCUGAGAAACGGUCUUACGAUUAUAUGGAUAGUGACUCAAAUGGGUUCGAGUCAUUGAAUUCAACAAAUACUGGCUCGGAAACUUCAAGUUUAAGUGUCACAGAAGACGAAGCAGACUCUCCUAAAUAUAGAUCUCCAGGGCUGAGGGAUCUCCUUAGCGACGAUAAAAUUGUCGAAAACACAUCUUGUGGUAUAAACACGUCUUGGCACGUGUCAGAUCAAGAGACAAAUCCAAUACUAAAAGGAAUUCUGAAAGGAAAUACAAAUAAAGAGAAAGUUUGUUCUAAGAUUGAGAAAAGUGUAAGGAAUAAAGACAGAAGUUUUGCUGAUGUAGCAAAUGUGAAAGGAGCAUCUCUUGAAGGUUCAUUUACAAUAUCUAGAGAGAGUUUAGACAGUCAAGGUCAUGCUGCAGCAGGACAUACUGCAGGAGUUCAAUCACCCACAGUGGAUUCAUCAGGACCAGCCAGUUCGUCAGCAGACAGCUCGGAGUGUGUCAGAGUUAAGUCUAGUGUGCAUGGCCGAUUCACCAGUCAACUUGUUAUGAAACACGCUAUGUUGAAACAGACUAUGGAUAGUCAGAAAAUAACUCUAGAGAUCUUAAAAGAUCAGUUGCAGAAGAGCUUGAAUAACGUGAUUCUUAAUCCCAGACAGAAACAAGUUCAUGAUUCUCUCAUUGAGAAAAUUACAGAGGCUGAGAAUCAAGUGGUUGUUCAAGGUCAGCUGUUGGGAGAAUUAGAACAUGAAAUACUUAAACAGCAGAUGUAAAAUCAUUAAAUUGAUAAUCAUCAAUAUCGUCAAAUAUAUUUAUGUUCAUUAUCAGAUAUUUAUUUUGUAUACCAGUAGAUAUGUGCUAUCUUAUGUCAGAUAUAUACAUAAAUUUGCAGAUAUCACACUUUGUUGAUAACUGUCACUAUUCCUUUGACAGUAGUGUAUUUUUGACACUAGGAAUACAUCAAUGAGAUGUUGUGCCAAAAAAAUCUAACAUCUAAAAUAAAAUAAUUAUUGUUUGUUUCCCCUCCCAUGACCCAUGCCUGUUUGGAUAAGUUGCAGCCCCAGAAAGUUGCCCCCCUUGACAAACAGGGAAGACAUCUUUGGGCAAGUGUAAAGAUACCAAUAUAAUUUAUCCCAGUUUGUUUAAUUAUCUACCAUGCAAAAUUAUGAGUCAAUUGUAAUGAUGCUAUUCUCAUGAAGAAACUUUGCAUCCAUGUGAAAUAAAAAAAUUUUGGGUAGUUACGAUUGUUGUGGAUAGGUAGCGGGAGGGGAAACAAGGAAUAUUAUAUUUUAUGCCUUAUUUGAUGCACAUCAUAAGAUAAGUUGUAAAUUUUUUAUUUCAAUCAUAAUGUCAACAGUUUAGUGUAUCUAUAGUACAUGUUAUAAGCAUUAUUUUUUCCCUCCAAAAUAAAUGAGCCGUGUCAUUACAAAACCAACAUAGUGCAGAUUUAGACUAGCUUGCGCAUCCAUGCAGUCUGAUCAAAAUCCAUGCUAUUCGCUUACUAACCCUAUUUUAUAGGAAAAAGCAUGGAUCUUAAUCAGACUGUACAGAUGCGCAGGCUGGUCUAGAUCCAUGUUGGUUGAAAAUGCAUUUUAUUGGUUUUGUCAUGGUAUGACCCACUAAUAUUAUGACUUCUUACAGGAGAUGUUUAUUUCUUGUUGGAGAAAAAAUGUGUUUCACAGAAAAUGUUAAAUGUACUAUGUACCUUUUUACUGGCAUCUUUUCAUCUGUCACAUCACAUUUACAUUAAUUUAUAAAAGUAUAAGUCUGCAUAAGGUGAAAUAGAAAAGAAAAUCUUCAUGAUUAAAAUUACUUGUCAGAUGUAACUAUGACUUGAUGAUUUUUUACAUGUAUUGCAAAAGAUCACAUCACCUAUCUCUGCUAUAAGUUGUUUUUGUUUGUUUGUUUUUUUAAAUAUUAUUUUAUUAAACAAAAAAGGAAAUGAAUUUGAUAAAUUUUACAGUGACAUUCUGCUCAAUUUUUCAUGAGCAAAUUGAUUUGAAUUGACUAUAUAUUUCAAAAGAUUGUUAAAAUGGUGAUUGACCAAUAGUUGAUAAUUGCCAUGUUAUUUGUUGUACAUUAGAAGUAAAUUGCAUUUGAAAGGAAUUAUGAUAGAACUAGAAACUUUGUUUAAAGAUGUAUGAAUCAUUUGAUGCAGGUCUAGACCAAUAACUUGUGUGUUAAUUUUCAGAUCAUUCCCUCUCCCCUUUUUUGCAGAGUCAUCAUUUUUAUUGUGCAAAAUGACCCAAAAGUGUAAAGCUUUACAACUAUUUUCACUCAAAUCGGGCCAAAAUUGUACACACAAAAAUGAUUUAAUUCAAUUCUGAUUACAUUUAUUUUAUCAUCAUUUGCAUUAUUUUUAUUUAUUUAUUUAUUUUUUUCAUUUUAAAUGGUUGACUUGAUAUAUGUAAAUUUUAUUUUAUAAUUUUAUAUUUUUAGGCCUUUUGACCUUAGUGGACUUUCUUUAACUAGAUGGAUAUUUUUCUUCGAUUAAAAAUCAAAAAUGAAUACUUGAUUAUUAUUUUUAGAAAAUGAAAAGCAAUAGUAUUGUUGGGUGCCAUACAUAAGACCAUUUAGUCAAUUUGAUACAAUUUUAGUUUAUGUCCUAAAGUCUCGUUAUCAGAAAGCUUGAUGGGAUUUUUUUUCUCAUGAAUAUUACCAGUAAUUUUUGUUGGUUUAAACUUGUGAAAAAAAGAGAGGGAAUAAAUACUAAAGGUGUACAAUGAUUGUUACUAUUGUUGCCAAAUGGUAUAAUACUUCUCAAUAUUAGUGUCAUAUUAUUUAUAGUGUUAUUGAAUGUUAAGUUUUGAGAGAAGUAAUGAAUUGUAAUAUAAAUAUUUUUCAAUAUUAGUGUCAUAUUAUUUAGUGUUAUUGAAUGUUAUGUUUUGAGAGAAUUAAUAAAUUGUGAUUAAAGGUUAUGUUAUGUGUGAUAUAUUUAUUACCCACAUAAAAUAUUAUUUUUUUCAAUGUUUAAGGGUAUAAAGCUAUAUCUAAUGAAAUAUUUUUUUUAUAAAAUGUAAACUUAUUUUGUUUCCGUAAUAUUAUGGUGGAUUCUUGACAGAUUAUUAACAUAUUUAAGACUAGUGAAUAUUGUAUUGUUUUGAAACAGAAUAAAAUCUUCAGGAACAAAACAUUAUGGCACUAUUAUAAGUAGGGUUUUUAAACCUUUAGCAACGAUUUUGUGCAUGUGCCAUUCCCUAUAUGCAAACAUAAUUAUUGAUUUCUUACAAGUAUUUUUGAAAUUAUUCUUUUCCGAAAUUCAGCCAAUGAUUUAAAACAUCAGGUACCAAAUAAACAACCGUGUAUUUAAUUAUUUACAAUUUAAAUGGAGUGAGACUUAAAAAAAAAAAGUUUGAGAAGCUUACUAAAUUCUAUAUUCCGGUUUAUACUGGACAAGGCGAUUAAAUGACUAAAAUCUCUCCUUUUCACCCGCCAAACUGCACUCUAAGAUGUCCAGUUCAUCUGUCUGUAUUGAUUUAUAUAUGAUAAUGAAUAAAAAAUGUAAGAACCGGAGAGAAAAAUUGAUAUUUUUCUACUUUAUGAUCAUGAUUUCUGCAAGCGUCUAUAGGUACUGCUCCAACACUGUAGUUAAUCAAAUCCAUAUACAUUAUGUAACAUGAAAUGUGCACUUAUGAUUUUCAUAUAAUCCCAUUUCAACUAUUUGUCAACCAUUUUUGUUCCUGUAUUAAGGGCCAUCUGUCACCGAAUUGUGAAAUUUCUACUACAAACAACUUUUCAGACAUUUAUCACUGUAGUUUAGAAUCCUGCCUGGGACAGGAACAUUUUGUUAGGAAGCUAUCAAGUUAUCUUACAGAAAGUCGGAAGUUCCAUUCAGAUGCCUGAAAUAAUGCAAGGAGUGUCACACUAUGUCUUUUUUCUUUAAAAAAAAUAUAAUAAAAAAUCCUGCAUUACAUUCAUAUACAAAUGUAUCAGCAUUACUUUUGUCACAAAGUUUUAUUUUGUUAUGAUAUCAGCACUUCAUAACAUGAACAAUAUGAUAUUUCAAGAAACUGGCGUGUUUAUAUUGUAAUAUUAGGCAGGUUAAAGGUAAGAUUAUAUCGUAUUUGUUUCAAAUCAGGGACAUUUGCUCCCAAAGACACUUGCUAAAGUUUGGAAAAUACUAAACAUAUGUCAAGUAAAUAAUAACACUGUAUUUUAUAUAAAGAUUUUUUGACAUACAUUGUAUUUUUUGUUGUUUUUGUGAAAUUUUGAAGAAACUUUUAUGUUUGUAGCCUGUUCUGUAUGUGGCCUAAAAGUAUUGUAAUUAUAAAUUUUCAUUAUUGUGUAUUCAGGAGGCAGCUUGACAUUGUGUUUUAUUUAUUACCUAUUGUGGCUUACAGUUUUAUUACAGGACUUUUAUGUUUUCAUAUGAUGAUGUCACUAGUUUUGUUUCAUGUCAAUCAUUGAAAUUUUCAAAGCAUUCUUUCUCUGACAAUCCCAAAUGUUCUGAACUUUACUUCAGAACACUGUUUGUUAUGUACUUAUAUGUAUUUUAAAGAAAUACAUUUAAAGAAAUUAGUUUGACAGCUUGGUGUGAAAGGGUCGUAAUUCCUUCUUUAUUUAAUAUGAGUUACAACUCUUUUGCACCAAGUUCUUGUAAUUUGUAUAGUAAUAUAAUAACUACCUAAUCUUUAAUUAGUUAAGUGUUUGCAUUGAUUUCUUUAAGGAUCAUUUUAGAAGGUGUAAAAUGUUCAUAAUUCCAGCACUGUUAUUAGAUGGACCUCUUUACUUUUAACUCAUGUUUUACAAAUGCAGCUUUUUUCUGAAAAUGGGAAAAUCCUUAGUUUUUAUUAUUAAAACUUUUAUUUUAUAUAAAAAAUAACAUUGCUUAACAUGAACUCAGAUGAAAACUAGUCCCAAAUUGUGUUUUGAGUUACCUCCCCUAACAUUCCAUUCACAGACACACAAAAAAAAAUUCUACCCUGACAUUCUGUACAUAAUCACAACUUUUCACUCAUUUACCUCCCGGGACAUUUCAUAUACAUACACAAGAAACCAUUUAUUUACCUCUCGGGACAUUCCAUACACAUCCACAAGAAACCAUUAAUUUACCUCCCGGGACAUUCCAUACACAUCCACAAGAAACCAUUAAUUUACCUCCCGGGACAUUCCAUACACAUCCACAAGAAACCACUCAUUUACCUCUCGGGACAUUCCAUACACAUCCACAAGAAACCACUCAUUUACCUCCCGGGAAAUUCCAUACACAUCCACAAGAAACCACUCAUUUACCUCCCGGGAAAUUCCAUACACAUUCACAAGAACCCUUUCAUUUAUCUCCCAAUGCAUUCAUAUACAUUUACAAGAAACCAUUAAUUUACCUCCUAGGAAAUUCCAUAUAUAUUCAAAAGAAACCACUCUUUUUCCACCUGGGACUUUCCAUUCACAUCCAGAAGUAGUCACUCAUUUACCUUCCGGGACAUUCCAUACAAAUCCACAAGAAAUCACUUUUACCUCCCCUGACAUUCCAUACACAGUCACAAUCCCAGUCCUUAUUCUGUUUUGCUAAAUUUUUAUUUAAAUGGCGAGUUAUUAAAAUGUCUUUGUUGUUUUGUAAUUUAAUGCCAGUUUUGUAGUUAUGCACUGACUAAUAAAUGGACCUUUUUAUAAAACAUGUAAUAGACCUAUUGGCCAAAAGAAAACUUUAUCAACUUUUUAUAAAUGAAAAUAUUAUAUUAAGAUGACUUCUUUAAUAAAAUAUUAAGUCUGUAAUUAUUAUACAAUGUUUAGGAUUGGCAUUAUUUUUUAAACAUGUAUAAUAAUUAUAUAUACAUAUAUUUUUUAUGAUUUUGUAUCAUUAUUAGUUGUCAUAUGUUCCUUGCUACCGACAAGACAUAAUCAUAUUUUCUGCACUAAUAUAUCUUUAUUUGAAAGAAUUUU